AUGGAAAUCCUUAAAACACACGAUGUCGUUAUUAUCCGGUAUCUGAUCAGCGCCAUGCGAGAUGUUCCGGUGACAUUUGCAAAAAAUAUGCAGACUACUUUCAUCCAUCCUCGGCUGUAUGACCCAUCAUGUCCGGGUCCCAUUCGAGACAUGCUUGCUAUCUGUCAGUGGCAGCAUAAAAGUACCGGUUUUCGCAGUAAUAUCCUACUGUCUUCGCAGUUACGACAAAAAUCCGCGGAACUAUAUCGUCUAGCAAAAGCUGCUGCGACAAUUGAAGAACUUCUCGCUUAUGCCCAAUCACUCAUCAUUGCCCAAUGUAUCCUCUUGUUCCACUGUGAUAAUACGCAAAAUAACAACGAAGGGAGCGAUGAUCAUGUAAACUUUACCACAGGUAUGGUGACAGGCCUCGCUCAAUAUAUCUGGCAGAAAGCCCCGGUGUAUGUGCCUCAAAUUUUAAGCGCCUGGCGCGCAUGGUUGCUUGCAGAAAGCAUUCGACGAACAAUUAUAAUGGCGCACAUUUUAUGCAGUACCUUUUCUUUUAAACAGAGAAGCUAUUCAGUUCGGACACCUUUUAUAGAGGCUCUACCCUUCGAUUUGCGAAGCUCUCUUUGGGAUGCGUCGUCCGAGCAAGCCUGGCAGCAACAAGCCUCUCAGGAACCACUAGAAAUGGUCUCCCUGCGCGAGUAUUCAGAUAUGGCAGUUUCAGGUAGGGCGACAGCCAUUACGUACUUUGGAAGUGUUGUUUUGGCUGCAUGUAAAGGGGUGUCGGUGUCCAGUAUAUAUGGCAAUGUGGAAGAGGUGCGAUGA